GGGCAGGAGUGGGAGGAUGUCCUGUGUCAUUUUGCCGGUGCAGUUUGAGGGACUGCGGCCAAAAAAAAGGAGAAAGAAAAGGGAGUAAAGUCAGCAAGGCUCCAGAUGUUGCUAUGAGGAAAGGAGUCAGCAAUGACUGAUGUGGAGCCUGUGGUCACAGAUUUUGCAGCAUCAGGACGGGCAGGCCGCCGAAACGCCUUACCAGAUAUCCUGGGCUCUCCUGCUGGUGCUGGGACUUCAGACCUGCCACACAAACUGGCUGAGCUCUCUGUUUCAGAAGAUGCAGGAGCAGAGGGUGGAGAAGUGCCAUCAUCCAAAGCCUUGCUGGAAAGUCAAGAGGCAGAAGGAAAACGCAAUGAUUCCUGACACCUAAGGACUUCUGGGUUAAUGAAUCCCAUCGACAGACUUCCCAGUUUCCCUAUGUCACCCCAUCUGAAGUGUGGUAGCAACUUUAGCAGCACAGACAUGACUUUGCAACACACUUGUACCUAGAUACUAUGUGGAUGGCAUACAGUUCUUCCUACUGUCAUCCUUCAAAAGCAAUGUUGACAUAUCCAAAUAGGAAGAGAACUAAAGAAUGUAUCUCUUGUUUUCAGUUUCUCUCUUUUUAUGGUUAUAGUAUUUGUCCUAACUAAUCUUCUUUGACGGUUCCAAUUAAUAUACCUACCCGGAACUAAUCAUCGUUUCAAAACAAAAAUAUUAUUUCUUAAUUUCCCAAACCAGCUUCUUUCUCUCUGACAUAGAGGUGUGUUCACUCCCUGCAACAUGAUAUUAAGUAAAUAUUAGAUUACAGACACUAUCUGUAAUUUAUCUCUAGAGAUUUUUGUUCUCAUUAGAUAUAUGUAGAUGGGUGUGAGAAAAAAAAAUACAUAAAAUAAAAUCUUCUCCUACUCCUGUUGCCAGAAGGUUUUAUAAACUACUUAAACAUGAGUGUUUCCUUAUCUCUAUUUGAUUAUGGCAGAUCAUCUCAGUUUUCCCAUUCCUUGCAGUCUCGUCACUUCGGCCAUUAGUUUUCACGCUGAAUAUUGUAGCUGUUCAUGUGUAUCUAAAGUAAAGUAGGUAUGUUUGUAUAUGAUGAAAAUUGUUUAAUCUCACUGUGGAAAUUAAAUAUCUAUCAUCUUUUCUGUCUUCGGUUGAUUUCUUAAUAUUUCUCCCAUAUUUAAAGCCAAUAAUGCAUAUUUCUUUUAUUUCAUCUGGGUUUUGUUUUGUUGUUUGCUGACAAUGAAGAUGCUUCAACCAUUGUGAUUUUUACAAAGAUUUUAGGCAAAGUUUUUUCUCUACUGAAAGGAGCUGUUUUGUUUUGGAGAUCAUGCUCCUGAAAAUACUUGACAUUCAUUCUCUUAUUGUAGGAGACUUAAGGUUCAGGUACAGCCAUGAACCCCCACAAUUUCUUGGGCAGCAGCCACCUCUGUACAUCAUGAAAAUGGAGGAAGCAUCUCUGAUGAUAUAUCCCACAUGUGACUGGUAUUCCAUCUAUGAAAUAUUUGUGUAAUCUAAACGUAGCAGAGAGCUUGUAAGAGCUCAAGAGAGCUUGUAAGGCACAACUUUCAUUCCUAGUGUGCAUUUACUCAUCCCCUGGCUUUUGGAGACCAUUC